AUGGGUGUCCCAUUCGAGGCUCUGCUGCCCUAUGCCAUUAUGACGGGCUUCUUCGCAUUCAGCGCCGUGUCUGUCGGAAAGCUCAAGGAGAUCCAGAACGGAGGAAAGAAGACCAGGAGGGUGAUGGAGCGCGACCGCCGGCUCACGGGAUUCAUGCGCGGACAGACAGACAAGCCGAUUGCUCCGGAAGGCUUCGAGCUCAACAACCCAUGGAGGUGCGAGAAGCGAUUCCUCUAG